AUGGGACGCUCUGCAGUAUAUUUGAUCUGUGAUCGUGCAAUCGAAACAGUUCACACAAUCAAUUUGUUUAAACGGGCUGAAGCUGAGGCAAAGCUGAAAGAGGCUGGAUUCAGUGAGGGAACUUUCCUUGUUCGUGACUCAAUAACAAGCGAAGGAGAUUACGUACUAUCAGUUGUACAUAAUGAAGAGGUUAUUCAUUAUCAGAUUAGAAAACGAGGAGAAGAUGCGCUCUUCUCUCUGUCUGCUGAACCUAAGGUUAUUCACGGAUUGGAUCAGUUGGUAAAAUUCUAUUCAACUAGUUCUAAAAGUGGACUUCAACAUUCCUUAUCAGAUUAUGUACCUGGCUCCCUUGCACCACCAGAAACUCGAUUACAUGGGAAUGAGAAUUUAUUGCACAGAGCUACAGCUGAAGGAAAUAUAACUGUAGUGACUGAGCUCCUUGCUUCUGGAUAUAGGAAUCUAGACUCAAAGAACCAUGAUGGACAGACAGCCCUACAUAUUGCAACCUUACAUGGACAUAAGUCUGUGUUAGAGGCUCUGCUUAAAUAUGGAACUAGAGUAAAUGUCAGUGAUACCCAGGGUUAUACUGCACUACACUACGCUUGUAUAAAUGGAUCUCAGGAACUUACCAAAUCUUUGCUUACUAAAGGACGAGCUAAUCCAACUAUUAGGAAUGAAUUGACCCAAUGGGUUCCUCUGCACGAUGCAGCAUACAAGGGACACAUAGAUUGUGUAAUUGCUUUACUAGACCAGUUUGCCCCAUCCAAGCCAAGAACACCUAAGAAUGAAACUCCGGCCGAUCUUGCGAGGACAACCGGCCAUCAUGAGGUUGCUGCGUUCCUUGAUUCAUACCCAGUACUUCAUCCAGAAACCAAUAAAACGGAGUGGUACCAUCCCAGCAUCGAUCGUAAACAGGCUUUAGAUAAGUUAAAAAAGAAGGGACUGGAUGAUGGAACUUUUCUGAUCAGAAAUAGCAGCAAAAAGAGAUUUUACGUUCUUAGUAUGCUGUGGAAGAAAAAAGGUCACCAUUUUGAGAUAGAGAAACAGGGUAUUUACUUUUUUAUAGAUGAAGGACCUUAUCAUCUCUCCCUAGAACAUCUUGUUCAACAUUAUUCAAGGUUUAGUGACGGUUUACCAUGCGCUUUAAGGAACCCCGUACCAUCUUUAGAAUCUUUUAGAUUGUUUGAUGUGAUUGCCAGUAACCCAGUGGUCCCCACUGCUCCUAUACAUUCAUUAUCUGUACCCGCAGCACCCUCUGCUCCAAGGCUACCAUCUCCUACAACUCCAACAGCUCUGAGUUUAUUAACCUCUCCUACCUCGCCUCCUGGAGCCUUCACUAAUUGGAGUAAUAAUGGAGUCCUCAGUACAACAAGGAAGAGUGUGCCAGCAAUACCUGAGCGUAUCGGUCAACCUGCUGGUCCACUGCUUCCUCCUAAAUCAGAUCUAGCCGAGUAUAACGGGACGAAGAUCUGGAGUGAACAGGGAACUAUGAGGAUGGAGGACAAGGUGAAGGUGGAGGAGGAGAGUCCUCUCCUGGCUCCCCGAGUACCUACCAGAUCUAGACUCCUGGCAUAUCCAUCCAACCUGAGAACCAUUGAUAAUCAGAAACUAUACGCUAACAAUGAUACUCUCAGGAGAGUUCGACAUAGUAAAGAUAAUAUUCCUCAAGAGUCCAUCAAGUUAACUGAUUCUAUAGGAAAAGGUGAGUUUGGUUCUGUGUUUAAAGGCAGCUAUAUGACGGAGCAGGGUGUAGUUAAGGAGGUGGCAAUAAAAGCUCUUAGUGAAGAUAGUAUUGAACCAAGCCAGAGUGAGGAAUUUCUCCGUGAAGCUAAAAUCAUGAUGUCCCUGGACCAUCAGUGUGUUGUCCAACUACUGGGAAUAUCUCAUGGUCCUCCUGUAUUUAUGGUCAUGGAACUCGUCCCCCUAGGUUCUAUGCUUGAAUAUCUGCAGGAACAUCCAGAUACUGUGGGAACAGAUAUGGAGCUACCACUGUGGGCCAGUCAGAUAGCAUGCGGCAUGCUUUAUCUUCAAACAAAAAGAUUUGUGCAUCGAGACUUAGCUGCCAGAAAUAUCCUUCUGUCAUCCAAAUACCAGACAAAGAUAUCAGAUUUUGGACUCUCACGAGUAGUAGGGGAUAAAAACUACUAUAAGUCUGUUCAAGGAGGAAAAUGGCCUAUUCGAUGGUAUGCUCCAGAGUGCAUAAAUUUUGGGACUUUCUCACAUGCUAGUGAUGUUUGGAGCUAUGGAGUUAUGCUCUGGGAGAUGUACAGUUAUGGAAAACAACCUUUUGAGAAUAAAACUUCCCAAGAGUUCAUACAGUACAUAGAAGCUGGACACAGAUUACCCCAACCUGAUAUGGCGACUAAUGAUGUAUAUGAUUAUAUGUUGAAGUGUUGGGAGUAUAAUCCACAGGAAAGGCCUGGAUUUGAUGAUCUGUUCCAAGUGUUCUCCGAUAACCCGGAGUAUAUGAACCUGACAGAGUUACUCCGGACUCAAGAUUUUCAGCAGUUAGGGAUGUAACCCGGAGUAGAUGAACUUGACAGAGUUACUCCGGACUCAAGAUUUUCAGCAGUUAGGAAUAUAACCCUGAGUAUAUGAACCUGACGAAGUUACUUCGUGCCCAAGAUUUUCAGCAGCUAGGAAUGUAACCCUGAGUAUAUGAACCUGA